AUAAAAAAAUUAUAACUGGAGACUGAGAGGUGUGCCCGUUGUUUGUUUCGACUGACGUGUUAACCUCCUUCGUUCGACGAUAUUUCUUGGUUAAAUUUUCUAAUCAAGAAAAGGAGAGUAAUAUAGAAAUUACUAGAGGAUCGUUUAGCUUUGUCAUCGCCACGAUUUCUUAGUUUGCUGCGUGAUUUGGUUACGUUUCCAAAAGAUAACAAAACAAGAUGGUGUCUCUAAAUACAGGCUACGUGAAGUCCGUUCAGGGAAUUCUUAAAAUCUUGGAAAUUAUUACCAUCUGCGCGGCGUAUUCGUGUCUGGCUGAUUUUGACCGCGACAUAGUUGUAAUCGGAGGCAAAUAUGAAGGACGCUACGAUUUCUUCAUGGCAGUGUUUGUCAUCGGCUGGGCUGUUGUUUUGUUUGUGUUCUUUGUUUUCCUCCUUACUCUCGAAGGUAAAUUAACGACGGAAAAGAACUGGAACAUCAUGCUUCUGGUGUUUUCCGCGUUAUUUGCCUUGCUGUUUAUUAUCUCAUCUUCGCUCAUGGCGGACUUCCUUGAUGAUCUUUACGAUGCUCGCUGGCACAAGGUUAGCUGGUUGAAGCGACGCACAAACGUUCUGACCGUGUCCGUGUUUUUUGGCUUCGUUUCUGCUGCUCUUCUUCUGGUGGAUACUGUUCUAGUGUUCAUGAAAGUCAAGGGUUGAACAGAAGUAUUUCCGAGAGUCGUUAUUAACUGACAAUAUUUCUCAAAUAGAUUAAGAUAUUAAUUAGUGAAUAAUCAGUUAACAUCAUGGGUAGCCGUGUACGUAGUUAUGUAGUAACCUGUUCAGUUUUAUAAUUUAAUUUAAAUUUUUAAGGGGACAACGUUCUCGACAUCUCAUAGGAUUUUCUGAUUUAGUCGUGGACCGAACUUGGAGUACCUGUAAUUGUUAGUUGGUUCUUGUGUUAGUUCUGUGACCUUCCAUGGCUGUCUAACAGUCAAGACCUGCUGACACAUAUAUCGCCUUGUACUUAGUUUUAUUGUCCGUUUAAAAUUUGUCUAGGUUCCCUAUAGCUAGCUUUUAACAGUUGUUCUCAUGAACAUGUUUCGGUAGUCUUGCUGACCUGGGUUGAAACCCCCGCCUCCGGCGGGGGGGGGGGGGGGGGGGGGAGGGCAAUGGGAUGAAGACCGUGGAAAAUUUGAAAAUCUAUUUGUCUUGAGAAGCAUUUUGAUGACUGAAAAGUGCUUUUGU